AGAAAUCCGUAUCAAUCCAAAUACAAGCUCUCGUUUCCAAGCUCAACACGGGUCUGUUGAAGGGGAGGACCUGAAUACUCUGCCUUACGCUCACUACUGGAACAGUUUAUGGUUGGGCGGAACGAGGAUGCUUUUGUCUCCUGGCAUCAUCCCCGAAACAAGGAAAUGAGAGUGUGAUUUUUUUUUUUUUUAAGAACUGCUUUUCUUGCUGUUUGCUGCACCAGAAACACGAAUAUAUUCUUGUUUUUUUCCUCCCUUUUUUGGACUUUCAUAGGAACAUGCGCGUAUGUGCUCCAUAAGCGGACUACUGCGCACCACCUGCGUCCUGCAAGGCAGAACAAAGACAUACUGCGCGCCUUUGUUCCGUGCGUAAUCCUGUCACCUUUGCUGAUUUCUCCCCCCUCGACACAGUCAUUUGUCAGAAUUUGCUGACAGAGCAAAAGCAGGAAUCUUCCUUGUGAGAUAAGUGCGGCACGUUUCAGUGAACGUGCUUUCUGCGCGCAGAGGGCUCUUUACGCGCACGGCGAGGCGAGCGCAGGGCCAGCAUCAGGUGCUGCUGAGACAGAAAGGUUUAUAGAGUAAGACAGAAAAAAAAACCCAACAUAAAUACAACUCAAGUCCAACCAUCAACAUGACGGACGGUCCAAGACAACGAAGCAGCACAGCGGGCUCUGGCAAGGAUGCUGGCGCGGAGAAGGAGUCUGGGGGAGUUGCGCUCAAGAAGGAGAUCGGGCUUGUGAGCGCUUGCGGUAUCAUUGUCGGUAACAUUAUUGGCUCAGGUAUCUUCGUCAGUCCCAAGGGAGUGCUGGAAAACGCCAGCUCCGUGGGUUUGGCCCUAAUCGUCUGGAUCGUCACCGGCAUCAUAACUGCCAUCGGGGCGCUGUGCUACGCUGAGCUGGGUGUUACCAUUCCCAAAUCAGGAGGAGACUAUUCCUACGUCAAGGAUAUCUUCGGCGGACUGGCAGGAUUCCUGCGACUUUGGAUCGCUGUGCUGGUCAUCUACCCAACCAACCAGGCCGUGAUUGCUCUGACUUUCUCAAAUUACGUCCUCCAGCCUUUGUUUCCCACCUGCUUUCCACCGGAGAACGGUCUGAGGCUGCUGGCAGCCGUCUGUCUCUUGCUGCUAACAUGGGUGAAUUGCUCCAGCGUGAGGUGGGCCACGCGAGUACAGGACAUCUUUACCGCGGGCAAGCUGCUGGCCCUCGCCCUCAUCAUCAUCAUGGGCAUCGUGCAGAUCUGCAAAGGAGAGUACUACUGGUUGGAGCCUGCCAAUGCCUUUGAGCCCUUCCAGGAGUACGAUGUUGGCUUGAUAGCGUUGGCCUUCCUACAAGGCUCCUUUGCCUACGGAGGCUGGAACUUCCUCAACUAUGUCACAGAGGAGCUGGUGGACCCCUACGUGAACCUUCCACGCGCCAUCUUCAUCUCCAUCCCUCUUGUAACUUUCGUUUAUGUCUUUGCCAACAUCGCCUAUGUCACAGCCAUGAGCCCUCAGGAGCUGCUUGCCUCAAAUGCUGUUGCUGUGACGUUCGGUGAGAAGCUACUGGGAGUGAUGGCGUGGAUCAUGCCCAUCUCUGUGGCGCUCUCCACCUUCGGAGGAGUCAACGGUUCCCUGUUUACCUCUUCACGAUUGUUCUUUGCUGGAGCCAGAGAGGGCCACCUGCCAAGCCUGCUGGCCAUGAUCCACAUGAAACGCUGCACUCCCAUCCCUGCUCUGCUCUUCACUUGCCUCUCCACCCUGCUCAUGCUGUGCACCAGUGACAUGUACACUCUCAUCAACUACGUGGGCUUCAUCAACUACCUCUUCUACGGAGUCACUGUUGCUGGGCAGAUCGUCCUGCGAUUUAAGCAGCCCAACAUGCACCGGCCCAUCAAGAUCAGUCUCAUUUGGCCAGUCAUUUACCUCCUCUUCUGGGCCUUCCUCCUCAUCUUCUCGCUCUACUCUGAGCCUGUGGUGUGUGGCAUCGGCCUCGCCAUCAUGCUGACCGGUGUCCCCGUCUAUUUUCUGGGAGUCUACUGGGACAACAAGCCACAAUGCUUCGACAGCUUUGUUGAUAAAAUGACAUACGUGGGCCAGAGGUUUUGUAUGGUUGUUUAUCCGGGUGGAGGCAAAAGCAGCAGUGGAGAAGAAGGAGAAGAGAUGAAGGAGGUCAGGUCUCCUCUAUCAAAGGAAGAAGAAAACCACCACUAGUCAGCAGACUGCUGAAAUCCUACUCCCUAAAAAAUAUAUUUCAAUAUCUAAACACACACAUGUGCAAACACAAUCCAAAGUUUGUUUACUCAUUUACACCACGUUUUUUUUUCAUUUAAGUGUCAUAUCAAUCAAUACUUCUCUGUACCAAAUAUAAUAAAAGGUUUAAGUAUGACCUCAAGCUUUAAAAUCUGGGGUCCAUCAAAAGUGCAAUAAUGAAUUCAAUUGUACCGACACAUUUAACCUUUUACAUCAUCAUCAUCCUCAUCAUCAUCAUCAUAUUCAUCAUCAUCAUCAUCAUCAUCAUCAUCAUCGGUGGCUUCGUCCCUCUGUUUCACUCAAAUUCCACAAACUCUCACUGAAUCAGUGACUUUAAAAAAAAAUAUUUUUUAUCAAAAGACUUUUUUCUGAACUGUGAUGGCCACAGAAACACCUCUCAAGUUUUUUUGUUGAUUGUUAAUUUUUCAUCGUUUUCUGUUCAACAGACCAAAGCUGCAAUUUUGGUUGUCAAAGCAGAAAAUAAGUUCCGGAUGAUUUCAUGUUCUUAAAUGCAUCAUUUCUGUUUUGUAUUUUUAAAGUGACUUUAAUUCUGUACGUCUUGUUUUUUGUAAUAUGAUCACUGCUUUUGUAAUUUACCAUGACAUUUUAUUUGUAGUCUUAACAUAUUAAUUUUAGUUUUGUUAACGUUCUUUUUUUUUUUUCUAACAUCAAUAUCAUUUAGACUUACUUUUUACUGUUUUACUGCAGUUAAGUAUCUGCAGAUUGAGAUUCGGACUUUCCGCCGAUACAUUUCCCAGGUGAACAUUGAGCAAGUUUUAUUGAUUGCCUUAAUUAGAAUUACAAUAUCUUAUACUUUGGUGCCAUAGUAGUUUUGUUUUAAUGGAUGUGAAGAGUUCUUCAAAACUUUGGAAGUUUCUAAUUUUUACCAAAAGAGUAACAAGAGCUGACACUACACAGGUAAUUAAACUAUUUUAUGCAUGAAGAAGAAAGAAUCACUCUGGAAAUCAUGAUGCUUUUCACCACGCCUGCAUUACUAAUGUUAUAAUCCCAACACCGACACAUGUGAAUGGCUCUAUAAAAAUGCCACGUGAUUGUCUCCAAUGUCUUACCACAAGGUUAAUUUUUUUGUAUUUCACAUCUAACUAUGUCCGAUUAUUUUUUGGUGCUUUAUGUUAGGUGUACAAAUUAGCUUUAUGUGAUGAAAAAAACAUUUUUUAAUUCAUACAAUCAGUUAGAGAAUAUUUUAGUGCAAUAUUAUCACAGCCACCAGCAAAAAUUAAUCAUGCAUCCCAUAAAUGAAGUCAUUGUUUGCUGCCUUGUAAAUGGUUAUGUAUGAAUUCUGCUGCGUAUUAUAGCAACAACACUCCUGCACACACGAGGACACAUUAUGAACUCUUCAGUUUUUCUACAAGUGUCUCAGGGCAUCCCCACUGCCUUCUCCUUCCACACACUGCCUAUGACCUCCAGAUCACGAAACUCAACACAUCUGCAAGAUAAAAAAAAAUGAAUUAAAAAAUCCAACUUGAUACUUCUAAAUGUCUGCAUUGGUGCUUUUAGAUACUUGCUCCUCAGGAGUCUCAAGCUAACUAGAGGGUGAAAGGUGUUAAUUAAAUAAGAGUUUAGCCAGUGCUGAAUGGGUCGCUCUUGUUAAGCUGUAAGGUGACUUGAAGUGUCCUGGCUUUGCAUUAACAGUGAUGUGUUCUGUGCCCGGAUGGUUAUUGUGCAGUUACAGUUUGUAAAGAUGUCACAACAGUCUGUAUGUUUCUCAGUUUUUAAUAAUAAUUAAAAUGAAGACUGACUAAUUUCUAAAUCAAGGCCUCAUUCAUAGAAGAAUAUCACUAUUUUGUGAUGCAUUCAUUUCGGAAAAUGGAAAUGAACUCUGUUUAUGUUAAGUAUUUAAAAUUAGGACAUUGAGAUAAGAUUAAAAAAGAUUAAAAAUACUUUAGAUUCCACACUUGACAUUCUGCACAUAGCCUGAAAACGCUCCCACCUCAGAAGUCAAAUGCUGCAAUUCUGUCAGUUGUAAAGGUUUUAAGCUUAGAAUUUAUGUGAAGGAAGCUGUGCUGUGCUGAUUUGUUUUAUUCAUCUGCCUUUUGUGCUGCUCAGCAUUCCCACCGAGCUACAGCCUUCAUUUCUCACUUAUAUUCAUACCAAAGUAGGCCUUCAGCAUGGUGGAAUUAAGUUAUGCAUACAUUGUCUUAGUAAUACAGUAUCACAUUAAGCACAAUGUGAUCAAAAAUGUUAUAUCUAAAUGAUGUUGUGGACACCCAGGUCUCUUAAUUUAAAUUGCCUUUUAUUGCUUGCAGUCUACCUGCAAAACUAAGACGUGUCUCUCAAACUCAUGUCUAGUGUAUGUUAAAAAUGUAAAUGUACAUAUUGGUUGGUGAGUGUGUGAUGAAUAAAAACAUUCAAGUGUUA